AUGGGGGUGCUGUCAUUUUAUUUGAAACCCAAUUUUUUGGGUUUAUUGAAAAUUUUGAACAGUAUGAAUUGGUUUAUUGUGUUCUUUAGUUUAAUUAAUUUAUCCUUGUGCCUAUAUGAGGAUCAAAUUGGGAAGUUUGACUGGCGUCAAACGUACGUGGGGAGGAUCAAAUUGGCUCAAUUUGAUACCUCUUCGACUGCUAAGAGGUUAAUUGUCGCUACAGAAGAGAAUGUUUUGGCCGCACUAAAUCUGAAGACUGGUUCGCUAGUAUGGCGUCAGGUGCUGGAGACUGCCUCUGCUGGCAACAUCCAGAUGCUCUAUCUGACACCGUCUGACCAAGCCGUCACUGUGUCCGGAGUAAACCCUUACCUGGUGCGAGGAUGGGAUGUAGCCACAGGAGUCCUGGCCUGGGAAUGGUCCUUGACACUUCAAGACGACGAGCGUGCUGACUUCUCGGAGUGGUGGGUGUCACAGAACCGUCUCAUGCACAUGCUACCAGCAUUCGGUUCUCAUUUAGAGGUGACGUGGUACAAUGUGGUGACAGGGGAGAACAGUGGGCAUACAUCGAAGCUGCCGGCUACUUGGUCUAAUGAAGGAUGCGUGUUCACAGCGCCGUAUUACACUUGCGUGUCGGGCAGCCGCGGUAACCAGUUGCUCAUCUCGCUGGAUGUAUCCUCCAAUGCGGUGCAACUCAUAUCAAAGCCCAUGUCUAACUUCGUCGGCAUGGAGAGUGAAGGUAAUCUCCGCCCUCUGGACGGCAACAGCAUCACCCCAGGGUUCAUAAUCGACGACAAGAAGAUAGUGCUGAUUAAGAACAACGAGUUCCACCCGUCUCCGGUCUCCCUGUCUGAUCCGUCAGCCAGUGUCACUGUGGUGGACAGCCCUACUGGACCCAUUGUCUUGCAGACUUGGAGUGAUGUUGCUGGGACAUUCAGCCUAACAGCACACAGCGCGUCGUCCGGUAUUGAAGUCCCGGACAUAGACUACUCGAGCCGUAGUAACGGCCUCCCGGAGCCCGAGAUAGUGGCCUCUAUGUGCACCCGCGCGCGGGACCAGCUCGUCUGCAGGAUACUAGUCACUACUGCUGAUGAUGCGGGCCACUUGCUGCAGCAAGGAGGCAAAGUUUUGUGGACCCGAGAGGAGGCGCUGGCGAACGUAGUGGCGGUGGAGUUCGUUGACCUGCCCGUGUCGGACCUCGACGCCGCCAUCGAGUCCGAAUUCGACCAGAAAGAAGGUUCAAUCUGGGGUGCGUUCACCCGCCGCCUCCAGACGCAGAUACAGCAGCUGCACACCCUGCUGUUCGAGGACACGUCGUCGCGCGGCGGCCCGGAGCCGCUGGUCCGCGACUACUUCAACCUGCACAAAAUGAUUGUACUCGUCACCGACUCUGGCAAGAUAUUCGGCAUGGACAACCUGUCCGGCGAGCUGCUCUGGCGCCGCUACGAGCCCAGCCUCGACACGGAGAACGUAUUGAUAUUCACACGACGCUCCGCCCGACACCCGCCGCUCACUGCCUACCUCACCAUCAUCGGCAAGCAUGAAGAGACAGGCAACGGCCUCGUCAUCAGUUUGGACCCGAUCCGAGGGACCCCGGUCGGCGAAGGCACUCUACACUUAGACGUACAACUGCUGCAAGCUGCGCUACUGCACAGAGCCGACAACGAGAAACUGCACGCGCUCAUAUUGCUCGAUAAAGAUGAGAGUGUACAGAUCCUGCCAUUGUCAUCUGCGCCACUAGUAGAAAAUAUGUACAUGUAUGUCGCCGAAAAGAACACAGCAAAAGUGCAGGGUUAUGCUCUGAAGUACGAUGGAAAGAGUGUAGUAGCCCAGAAGACGUGGUCGGUGCUGCUGGGCGGGCCGUCGGGCGGGCACCGCAUCGUGGCCGUGGCGGACAAGCCGGGCGGCGAGCGCGGCCACUCGGCGGGCCGCGUGCUGGGCGACCGCAGCGUGCUCUACAAGUACGACAACCCCAACCUCAUCUUGUUCAUCACCGAGGGGCCCGACGCGGUGCACAAAGCGCUGGUGCUGGCGACGUGCGUGGACGGCGUGUCGGGCGCGCCCGUGCUGGCGCAGGCGCACCGGCGCGCGCGCGCGCUGCCGCUGGCCGUGCACUCCGAGCACUUCAUGGCCUACGUGUACUACAACGACAAGCAGCGCCGCGCAGAGAUCGCCACGCUGGAGCUGUACGAGGGCAAGCAGCGCUGGACGGCGGCGGGCGCGGCCUUCAGCUCGCUGGCGGGCGCGCGCGCCGCGGCGGCCGACCGGCAGGCCUACAUCCUGCCCGCCGCGCCCGCCGCCGCCGCCGCCACGCGCACCGAGCGCUCGCUCACCGACAAGCACGUGCUGCUGGCGCUAUCAACGGGCGCAAUCAUUGAGCUGCCCUGGGCCUACCUGGAGCCUAGGCGGCCAGUGACCCCCACCCCGGAGCAGAGGGAAGAAGGCCUCAUCCCGUACGCGCCCGAGCUGCCGCUACCCUCAGAGGCCGUCAUCAACUACAAUCAGACGGUGCUCAAAGUGCGCGCUAUAUAUACCGCGCCGGCUGGGCUCGAGUCCACUAGCCUCGUGCUCGCUACUGGAUUAGAUCUAUUCUACACGCGGGUGGCGCCGUCGAAGACGUUCGACCUUCUCAAAGACGAUUUCGACUACUCCCUCAUCAGCAUAGUGCUGGCGGCUCUGGUCGUAGCCACAUACAGCACCAAAUACUUCGCCUCGAGGAAACUGCUCAAGAUGGCGUGGAAGUGAUGUCUGCCCAGUGCCUAAGGUAGUAGGGCGCGGACUGUAUUGACUGUUGGUUAGUGACAGGAAUUGGUUUAAAGAGAAAGUUGGGUGUUAAUAGCUUAAUAAAUGCACAAUAUGCAUCCCGGCUCGGUUUCUGUACCAUUAAAUUCGACUUUAUUCUUCUAUCGUAUGGGUCGUGAGGUGAAUUACCGACCCCAUCAACCCUGGUGUCAGGGUUAUUAUUGAGCCGCCAUAGGCCCCCGACAUGACUCAUGUAACGACUACAUACUUACGUCAGUAAUAACCGGGACAUAUCAUCUUAUUUUUGGACAAUCGGGUGAUCAGCCUGUAAUGCCCUGACCAAACUAGGGAUCACAAAUGUUACGUGGUUUUCAGUAUUUGUGCCCGGUUAAUGGCAACAGGCUCGCACCCUAUUACAUGGGACUUAAAUAUUAGCUGGCGAGGAGUUAGUAUAUAACGAUACACCUGUGCCUACCCCAUCGGGGACACAUGCGUGAUGCUAUGUUGUUAUGUAAAUGCGUAAAAAGUUCGCUAAAUUCUCAUAAGAACUUUACAAGAGUCUUUAAAUUAUAUGCUUGAUAUGUGCACUACUUUGAAGGUAAAGAAACAUCUACAAGGCAGAUUAUGAAAAACCUAAACUAUGACAAUGUUCAAUGAUUGUGAUAGGAACUAAUUGUCCUACCAAUUUGUCAAUACAGUCUCUCCCUAAAAGGACUUUUAAUAAAUAAAUAAUAUAUAUAAAUAGUUCGUGAUCGUGAGUUAGUGAGUGUUCACAUAGUAAAUAAAUCCAUGCAUACACAUAUUUAACGUUACGGCAAAGUUGAGGAUGGGAGCGAUAAUUCGAUGAUCAAUUAUGAUGAUCAAAUUCAUUCAACAUUAUUGUACGAUCUAUUCAAGGUAGCACAGCCUGUGGCAGUUACUGUGAAGUUAUUUGAAUAAUAGUCAUAAUAAUAAUAAACAGCCUAUAUACGUCUCACUGCUGGGCACAGGCCUCUCCUCAAUCGACCGAAUUGGGCAUGGAGCAUACUCCACCGCGCUACUCCACUGCGGGUUGGUGGAGGUGUUUUUACGCCUAAUAGCGUUUACCAACGGCUUACCGUGCCCUCCGAAGCACGGAAUCAUCUAUCUCAGGUGAUUCAAGCCUGAAAGGUCCUUACCACACAAAGGACAAUCUCACAAAGUGAUUUCGCCAAUGUCCCCAUCGGGAAUCGAACAAGGACCUUCAGAUCGUGAGCAUAAUUCUCUAACCACUAGACCUUGGGGGCUGUUUGUUUGAAUAAUAGUAUAAUUAAUUGACAAGUGGGAAAUUUGAAAAUGCUUAAAAUUUCGUUUUAAAUAUCGCAAAAGAAUCAAUUUUAAAGUGUAGUAUUAUCGCCCACCAGACACUCCAUACAAAAAAUUCAUUCUUACCGUGUGCCGCCUAACGUGUAAGUGCGAGGGAGAGACAGUCUGCGCGCCCUCCCCUUUACUCCUUACGGCCAUAGUAAGACCCAGAGGGGGUGAGGUCAGCGCCACAUACGAAUCGGUGCGGGGGGAAAAAUACAGCUCUAUACACAGUAUUAUUUAUUCUAUGUUGUUAUAUAAAAUAUUUUUUUAUUGUCAGAGGUUAUGCUAUUCUGAAUAGACUAUAGUUAAUGUAAUAAAAUUUUAGCUAGUGCAAUUUAGGUGUAAUUAUUUAUUUAAGAAGUGGUUUGUAUUAUACGGAUUUUUUAUUGAAUUAAAGCCAUUCCAGGCGGGGUCACCUCGCAGAAUUCUUUCUAAUUUAUUGCGAUUUCUAAAUUGCCUUAGCAUCGUUCGGUACAAUAUCAUAUAUCGCGUGUAACUAGGUACGAGAAAUGUGGCGGGGAUAUGACGUCACUUAUGCCGGCCGCACUUAGGAUGCGUUUUCUAAAGUAUUCGAACGAACACUUUUCUAUGACCAUGAACAAGGAAGGUUUGGAUUGCUACCCAUAAUAAUAAUAUGUUCUUUAAUUCAGACAUCACAAGGUCCAUAUUUCGACAUCAAUGUCAAAAUUAAAAUUAAGCUUUACAAUUUGAAUUUAAAAUGAAAACUACAAACAAAUUAAAUUAAACAAAAUCAAAAUGAGCUACUUUAGUAGCGCACUGCAUAGAGGCAGCCAAUCAGCUUGCGGCAAAAGACAGUUCAGGGUCUCGUUACCGACCCCACCGGCUUAGUCGACGAAUUCCUUCAUUCAUUGUUUAUCGCUAUCGGUGCACUAGAGUGGAUUAAUAAAUAAUACUCUCAGAGGACGCCCUGAGCCGAGGUUGACACCUAACUGGACACCCUCAGGCCCGUCUUAAAUUUUUGUACCGGGUAAAACCAUCAAACGUAACAGUUUGGCGGGUUAAUAUUGUAAGAAAUAAAAUUGUACUUAACAAUUUAACAAUAAAAAAAGCCUUCAGCUGUCCUCAUAAUACUACUACACUUAGUAGUGGUAUUAACAGUAGUUAAUGCCAUAGCACCUUCAGGCCGUCAGACCCUCAGGCGUGAAUAAUUAUAGCUUUGUCUCAGAUGGCAUUAACUACUGUUAAAAAAAUACUUGUUAGGGCGUGUUUGUACGUAUUACGUAUAGGAGUCGAAUUUGUAGGCAAACGCAUCCAAAGCGCGACCAGCUUCAAUCAACCGUUCUCCGUCGACCAAUGGAAACGCAUAUGGUUGCAAAUGUGUGUUGUGAUUGGCUAGCACAUGACUUUGAAAGUUGCUCUUCGUUUUCAAAAUGGGAAUGUUCAUUAGUAACAUUACAAAGGAAUGUUAAUAUCCAAUGCAUUUUUACUUAAUUCUUUAAGAUCAUAUAAUCUGUCACAAUAAUAGUUCCUUUCGAAAUAAUCUUUGUGGUCCUUUAUUAUUUAUAUCUGAAAAAUAUAGUAUGUUCAACAUAAAUUGUUAGAAUUCUUUGAAUAACUAAUUUUAAUGACAUUAGUAUGACUUUCGAACUGUGGCAAUUUAUAUUGAACUUGCUUUACAUUUUAUUCCAAUCCAUUUUACUUGCAUUUUAACAACGUUUGAAAUGCUUGACUGAAUGUUUGACGGACUAGUGUUCUUGUGUAGGUUAAUAUUUGUAAGUAUCAUUAACUGCCAAAUAUUGAAACACCAAGUGCACAUAGUAGUUUUAAAAUACACUAGCUUUAGUGUAACACAGGUCCAGAUUCCUGUAGACACCUCCUAAUUUUAUUAUAAGUUGUACCUGUCACUUACCCGCCAAAGUGGAAAGGGACGGGCGAUUGACAGCUGACUGAUUGAAUAACCCAACCCGAGCGAAUCAAAUAGACAUCUCGCUGGUAUUAAACCCGUUUGACGUUGCUGUCAACUUAAUCUCUCUUUUUAAUUAAGAGCUGCGCUCUUGUCGGUGGAAUAAUCGCCAUUCCUCUCUUCUUCCCGCAAAAUCCUUCACCUCCUGAUACGACACGACCUGCACCUUCUCUUUUAUUUGUUUCAUUAAUGUUCUCUUAGGUCUACCCCUUCCUCUCUUUCCUUCAAUUUUUCCUUCUAUGAAGGUUUUUAUAAUUGUGUCGUAUCAAAUUAGUCAUGUCGGGUUAUUGGCCAAUGUAAAAUUUUGAGAGGGUUGUAGGUUUCUGCCUAAAUUGACGUAUAUUCUCAUAUAUUCUAUACAUUUUAUGUCUUUCUAUUACCCGUCCCUUUCCUUUCCGGCGGAUAAAAAACUGAUAGGUAUAACUUAAAAUAAAAUUAAAUUGUGUCUACAGGAAUCAGCGCCAUAGUUGUAUCUCAAAUUUGUCAUAUUAUACGUACUAAGAAAUGUACAAAUUGUACAAUCUAAGGCGUUUUUUAAAUGACACCUAACAAAUCUAAGCCGGCCAUACAAAAAUGCUUCAAAGAUAAUCUUUAUAAUACUGAUGUACUAAAGUUUUUUUUUUUAUAAUGGUGGCAAUACUAUAGAAUAGAUUCAUCAACCAAUAAGAAAUCCUGGUACCAAUAUUGCCAUUCUAGAAUUGUAAAAUUUAAACUUAGCAAAUCUACUCGUAAAUAUCCCUAAAUGUAAUAUCAUAAACAGCAUUUCGUUAGCGCGAGCUUGGAACUGAAUUUGCAUUUGUACGUUGUUGAUAAUUAUUUGAUAUUAACGUGUUUACGAGUACAUACACGUGUCAUCAAAAAAUCUGAUCACCUCGCAAGUUUUGUAAGGAUUAUCAGAAAAAGUAAAUGUCAUUUUACAAUGGAUAUGUAUUAUAAGGUUUUUCAUUAUUAAUGUUAAUGUUCCAAAUUCAAAUGAAAAAACUCGUGUUUUGUUGAACAGAAAUUCGGAGGUGUAUCGAUUUUUUGACGAGAAGUAUAUUUAAUGUAGGAGUGCACCAUGGGAUGUUCUACACCGAAAACGAUUUUGAGGAAUUACUUGGACUUUUUCCGCAUGUUAAGUGUCACGUCCACUUGAGCGGCGUCUAAGCGUACCUACAGAACGUAAGCAGCGACACCAUCCGGCACGAUUUAGCGAGCUCAGGAACUAGUAUCAAGAAAUUCCACCAUUUCGAUUUCGAUCAAGUGCAUACGUAUCUUUGUAGGCCGAAAUAUCGAUAUCUUCUGCCUGGUGCGUCUCCCAACACUAAAACAUAUAAAGGUGUAAGCUAGCAUUAUCGGGAUCGUUUGCAUAAGAUAUUUCUGUUACAUUGGAUUUGCUCACGACAUCAUUGUUAUUAGCGGUAAGCUUAAAGUUUUGUGCUCUUUUUGUUUAACGAAAUGUUUUUGUUUAUUGUUUGUUUUGUUCAACAAACAGCGUAACACUACUCGUGGCAAUAAAAUAUCCCGAAUAAAGGAAUUACUUUUUUAUAAGCGACUUUAUUAAGAACUGCGCAGCACGUACAUUUGCCAAAGACUUUGAAAUGUCGGAAUUAAUAAAAUGGCCGCAAGGCAAACGUGAAGAACGAUUAAUGUUAACACUGAUAAAUUAAAAAGUUGUGAGUUGGAAAUAAAACAUGUACAAACAGUUUUAUUAAGUUUUUAAAUCACACACACCGUACGAGCUUUACGCCAUUCCGGGGAAAAAAGUAAACCACUAUUCUAGAAUACUGUCAUAGACAAAAUAAAAUUGAUCAUAGACCUCUUUCUUCUAGUACACAUUCGUUUCAUGGAAUUUUAAAAUCCUACAGCUCGGCUAUCCUGUUAAAGCCUGACCUCAGACUUCCCUAUCUUUUUUUCAGCCGUAUUACUUGCAUUCUAGAUCGCUGGAAUCUGCUUAUCGACUAAUAUGUCGGGAUGAUGAUUAGAAUUUAUAAAAAUAAAAUGUUUUUGUAAAUAUGACGUACUCUUUCGAGUCGUUUCGUAAAAGAUAAGUCUUUGGCAAACGUUACGUUGUUAUAUUAGCAUUUGACAUUUACUAUAAAGUCUUACUUGUUUUGUUAUAACCUAAAUAUUUGAUAAUAUACGGUAAGAUGAAAGGUUACCAAUUCAUUUAGUUUCGUUUAAGUUGAAGGUGCGUUUAGUAUUUUAUCUGCUUAUCAUGGUUCAGGGUUGGUGGGCUUUUGCAACUCUUCUACUCGAUUUUGUAAUAGAUAAAGCUUAGUUUUAAGCUCAGGUUGGAUGAUUUAUUUCUAAGGAUUUGAGACCUUAUAUCUGUUGAGCUACUUGAAUAUUUAUUAUAAAGUUUUAUCUCGAAUUAAUGACUUCAUCUUUCCGGGUAAGAAGAGCUGCGAUAGCUCACGAUACAAUUGAAAUGUACUGUAUAGAUAUGGGUAUUUGUUUUCUGUGACAACUGUGUUUAUAAAAUAAAAUUACAAUACUGCCA